AUGUCCGCCAUUUUUGGCCCUAGUGACCUCUUUCACAGUUGCGUAUCCCGCAUUUCCCAUGCCCGCCUCAGCAGCAUUCGCGAGACGGCCGACAAAGACGGCCUCCGAGCCAGAACUCUCUGUUCUCCCGUCCCUCGGCCAGCCUCUGCCCUCUUCCCAAGUCUGCUGCCUUCACAGUCGUCUUUUGCUAUCCCCCCCAAAAGCCCAUUUGCGCCUCAGUCCCUUCUGACUCCCACCGUGUCUGUCAAUAUGGUACAGCCUUCCAGAAAGUGUCACAGCAGAAUUGGGAAAUGCCAGAGUUAUGCGUGGGCUGAACUUUCGUUUGGUCGGAGGCAUUAA